AUGCGCGCCGACGACGACGACGCCGGCGACGCGCUUGGGCGUCCCGCGGCGUCGUCGUCGACGGCGCUCGACGCGUCGGCGCGCGCGUUCGCGCCGACGACGCGCGGACGCAAGGGCCAGCGCGCGGACUUUCUGCUGUGCUUCGCGCCGCGCGAGCGACCGGAGGCGCGCGCGACGCGGCGCGAACGACGCGGCGCGCGCUCCGAGCGCGAGGCGAGACGACGAAAGCCGCGAGGCGCGCGCUCCAGCUCGCGGGCGCUCUUCUUGCAGGCGAAUUUUCGGUUUUUGGUGGCGGACAGCGCGGAUCUGCGCGCGAGCUCGAGGGACGCGGAUCGCAUGGCGUCGUGGGAGGACGUCGUGCGCGUGGACGUGGCGAGCGCGGAGGCGUUUUCGUGUCCGGUGUGCCUGGAGGACGGCGCGGGGGCGAUCGCGCCGCAGACGACGACGUGCGGACACGCGUUUUGUUUUCCGUGCGUCGCGCGGCACGUGCUGACGACGAGGGACCGGGGGACGCCGGCGAAGUGCCCGAUGUGUUUCGCGGAGAUUCGAUUGGGGGAUUUGCGGUCGGUGUCGCGGCGGUUGAUCGCGCCGCCGAGCGCGGGGAGGACGCAAAAGUUUGCGUUGAUGGCGCGGAGACGGGAUUCAAACGUACCGGCGCGACGCACGGCGAAAGGGACGCCGCCGCCGGCGUCGGAGGCGUGGCCGAGAGCGCUACCGGAUUGUGGAUGCGACGCGUUCGCGAAGUACACGCUCACGAGCGAGGAAGUCGCCAUCGCGACGCAAGAGUUGGAAUCCCUCGAAUCGUACGUCGCCGUGUUGACGGAGCAAAGCGAAAUCGACGCGGCGAGCGAGUUGCCGUUCGCGCUGGCGUCGAUCGACGCCCUAACGCGAAGGCUCGAUCGAUGGGUGGAGCGGCGAUGCGCGAGCGAGGGCGUGGCGGCGCCCAAGCCGCGGGCGCCGCCCGCGGGCGUCGUCGCGCCGACGCCGGCGCCGGCGCCGAAAAGUACGCCACGCGAGGAGGCGUUCCCGUCGUUACCACCGCCGGGGAAGAAUAUGGCGUAUUUGAAAGGUUCAAAGGUGCGCGUGGAAUCUGCGUUCACGGAUGACGAGGACGAGGACGAGGACGAGGACGAGGAAUCGGAUUCCGAACCGUCCGCGGAGGAUUCUCCCGGUGCGAGCAAGCGUGAAGCCGACGCGACUACCGUCUCGCGACGGACGCCUCUCACCGUAUCGACGUCGUCGCCACCGACGGUGGCGCCGACCGCGACGCCGACGAGCGAUCAGCGAACGGAUGUUUAUUACUUUUACCAAGCCCCAGAUGGUCAGCAAGUUUUACUCCACGGCGCUUGCAUGCGCGUACUGCUGGAGCAAUUCGGUGCGUACGAGGCGCUCCCGCUCGAAAUCGAAGGUACUGUCAUCGAGCUCGAGCAUCGAACGCAAGACGAAGACGUACGUCGACGCGCCGCGCAUUUGCGCCACUUGCCGCUGACCACGGAAUUUGUGAUGGUGGAACUGGACAUGAAAUCACUCGUUUCAAAGAAAGUCUUGGACGGACCAGCGGGAAGUGAGUUACGACAGCGAGCGAAGCGACGUUCGCAGAAGAACGCGGCGGCGGCGCGCGCCAAGGCAAAGGAGAAACGCGCUGAGGCGACGGCAAAGGUGAAUUCACAACCGUUCGCUAAAUCGAUUCGCGACGCCAUGCCGGAGUUGGGCGCCACAGGUAAAUUGACGCCAGAUACGUCCAUGGACGCCGCCAUCGCGAGACAACUCGCGGAGGAAGCCGAAGAGGAGAUGGAGCGUAUGUCGAUGUACGAGGAAGUGCAAAACGCUCGCGGCCCGGGUGGGCGUUCGUUUUCCAACAUCGUUGGAUUGGGCUUCGCCUCUGGGGGUCCAAGUUUGAACUUCAACACGGAAAGUUUCGGACCAGCACUCGGUUCAUCGGCGCCGGUGGCGCCGCCACCCCUAUGGGGUGCCCGCGCGGCGGCGCUGACGGAGACUGCGAUCGAAGGCGAUUCGUCCCGCUCUGGGAAGAAGAAGGGGAAAAAACAAGUCUUGUUUAGAAUGGGCUGA